GUGUUACGUCUGCUGCAAUAUCUGGUCAAGUUUGGCUACUACAUGGAUGUAGAGGAUGUCCGCAAGUUGUUACCUCCCUUACUUAGCUUAUUGGAUGGUCAGCAUGAUCUCCCUUUUCCAAAAGAUAAAUUAAAAGCAAACUCCAAAGAGACACAGAAAGCUGUUCAGUCAUACAGACAUUCUGGCAGAUUUGAAGUUAGUGAGGAAGCAGAAGCCAUUGUCAGUGCCAAAUUUCAAGCAAUGAAAGCCCUAGACCUACUGUUAACUUUCCAGAGAAAUCUGCGACUGAAGGUUUUCGUUACCAUGUUCAAGCAAGCAGAACAGGGAGCAAACAAAAAGAAGAUUCAGAACGCUCUAGAACCUCUUCUGUAUGACACCUACAACCCUGCCAGACAGAAGAAGAAAGCAUUACAACAGCAGAAGGCCGUACUGAAGGAGCUUCGAGAGAUGUUCAAUGGGUCUGCCAUUCUCGACAUCGAGAGUACAACAUCUAUUAUUAUGGAUCUUUCCAGGUACAAGUACGAGGAAAUGGUCGUCAAAUCCCUGGACAUCCUCAACAAGCUCUACUCGUCCCAGAUGGACAUGUUCACCUUGGCCAAACGAGCUCAGAUAUUGCUGACUCAUGACUCGGCCUACGUCCAUAGAGAAAUCCAACGAAUUCUGCCAACUCUUCGCCGUCUGGCCAGGUCCAAGCUGAACGAUCAACAAGUUGCCCUCAUCACAGAAGUGCUGGAGCAGCUGUGCGAGUUCUGCCAUUUACCAAAGACCCUGGAUGAACCACACCCGAUGAAUCAGGAUAUUAUGAUCAGUCACGGCAUACUGGACAUUUUGCUGGAGAUACUCUCGCAGGAAAUUGACUCCAGGUUACUCAGUGAACAAUACAAGGGCAUGGAGACUGUCUUCAAGAAAACUCUGUCCCUGUUGAGUCUGUUGAGCAGAGAGAACCAGGAGGUUCAGAACCAGAUCUUCCCCAGUUUAGACAGACUUCUGGAUGUGUCUAUUGUGAGGUCAGAGCUGGCUAUGGCCCUCAAAGAGGUUUUCACAGACAAUCAAAAAGUGUGCCUCCAAGUCCAGCCUCGGCAGAUUCAGCGGAUUGUGAUGUUGGCAGCUGACUGUCAGCACACGGCUCCUGAGUUCCUGGUGUUGCUAAAGACUCUGGUCAAAGUUGAGGGUCUGGAGCUGACCAUCAAAAGAAACCAAGCUCUGGUGAUGAAAUAUUUGAUGCAAACUUUCAAAAAAUCUGCCUAUGUUUUGGAUUUACCAGAGGAAGAGAGAGAACAAAUCCUAACCAAUCAAACAGAUUCAGGCCAUUUGACUUAUUUCAUCAAUUUAGUUGAUCUCCUGGCCACUUGUGCUGAGGGUGAGAACAAGUUUAUUGAAUCGCUGUGCCAAACAAUCCUGCCAUCUGAUGAAAUUUUGUGUGUGCUUAACAACAGUCAGAUUGACAGCAAUCUGAAACGUCCGUUCAUCAAAUUCUUCUUCUGGGUCUACAUGAAAGCAUCAAAUAGCCUGGUGGAGAGUGGUGGUUCGGAUCUACAACAUGACAA